AUGAGCCGUCAAACCUUUGGUCUCAACCCCGACAACUUGCCUCAAGACCCGUUCUACCCGCAGGAAAACCCUCGAGGGCCCAGUUUCCUCGACACGGCCGGAUGUCUCUGCGCGCUCCAGGCCACACCGGCGGGCGGCGCUCCAGAACCGGCCUGGCACUGCGUUGGAGACCAGAGCGUCGGCGUGUACACGGUCCGGAACGGGAGAUGGUUCAAGACGCUGAACGGAGUCGGCAAUGCCGACGGGCCCGUGUACGACGAUUCGAACCCGCCAGACACCGAAAAUCCGAUGAGAUGGCUGUCCGGCGCCUUGCGGGACUCGCCGGGCGACGCCGGGCUCUCCGUGGAGGACAGCGCUUGCUCCGGCACGAACAACACGAGGUAUUCGACGUCGUUCUACGAGGCCGCGGAGCAGAUCAACGCCGGCCAGUACCCACUGAGUGGCGCUCCGUGUCUUCGAGUGGGCGCCGUGCCGAUAGAGAUCCAGCCUUUGCAGAGCGAGAACAACACGGUCAACUCGCUGCCCCAAUACUGUCCGCCGCUGGGUAACUGUCAACAAGCUAGACUGGCCGGGUUCACGUGCACUUUUGAGGGCAAAAACAUCGGCAUGGGCCCCUUCGAACCGGUAAUCUGUCAAGCCGGUCAAUACUGCCCGACCGAGGAGAACGGAAAGGUCUCUCGCGUAUGCCCGGCCGGCUCGUACUGCCAGCCCGGAGCGGCGACUCCGACGCCGUGCUUGACCGGCAGCCGGUGCCCGGAAGGCUCCUCCUACGAACUCUUCCUCAUCCCCAUUAUCAUCCUGAUCAUCGUCGACGUCCUGUUGGUCAUGGGCAUGAUCGUCUACAAGGUCCGCCGGCGCUUCCAGGACCGGCAGGCCAACAAGGCGGCGGCGGCGCCCGCGAGGCCGCCCCUGGCGCACCGCGGCAUGAGCAGCGUCAGGGCCCAGGUCACCGGCUAUCGCGCCAUCUCGGACGACACCGACCGGGAGAUGCUCCCCACGAGCGCGACUUACACCCCGAGACGCACCGACUCGUACGGCGGCGGGUUCCUGGCCGCCCUCGACCUCGGAAACUCCCAGUCCUCGGUCAACGCGCGGCCGACGAGCGAGCAGCUCAACCCGCAGCUCAUGGCCUUCGUCUCGUCGAUGCGCAAGGCGACGGACGUCACCAACUUUGGCCUGUCCUUCAGCUACGCCGACCUCAGCUUCCAGCCCAAGAAGAGCUCCAAGAAGAUUCUCCAGAACGUGACGGGCUCCAUCGACCGCGGGACCCUCACGGCCGUCAUGGGCGGGUCCGGGGCCGGGAAGUCGACCUUCGUCAACGUGCUCAUGGGCAAGACGAAGAACACGGGGGGCACCGUCGCCGUCAACAGCAGCCCGGACAAGCUGAAGCGGUACAAAAAGGUCAUCGGCUACGUGCCCCAGGACGACAUCGUCCUGCCCGAGCUCACCGUCUACGAGAACAUUGUCCACUGCGCCAAGAUCCGGCUGCCCCAGACCUGGUCGAGGGCCGACAUCGAGUCCCACGUCGAGUCGGUCAUCGACUGCCUGGAGCUGUCCCACGUGCGCAACUCGCUGGUCGGCUCGGUCGCUAGGCCCGUCAUCAGCGGCGGCCAGCGCAAGCGCGUGAGCAUCGGCAUGGAGCUCGCGGCCGCCCCGAUGGCCAUCUUCCUUGACGAGCCGACCAGCGGCCUCGACGCCACCGCGGCGUCGUCCAUGAUGAGCACGCUGAAGGCCGUCGCCCGCCUGGGCAUCACCGUCAUCGUCAUCAUCCACCAGCCGCGCACCGAGAUCUUCGACCUCUUCGACAACCUCAUCCUCCUGGGCAACGGCCAGACCAUCUACGAGGGGCCCCAGCGCCAGGCCCAGGACUACUUUGAGGGCAUGGGCUUCGGCUUCCCGGCGCACAGCAACCACGGCGACGUCGUCACGGACAUCAUCACGGGCAACGGCCGCGACUACAAGCGGAUCGGCGACAUCUCCACCGACUCCCUCAUCGCCAACUGGUCGAGCCACCGCCUGGCCACGGCGAACAAGGAGCGCCCGGCCUCGUCCAUCAUGAGCAACACGGGCAUGUACGCCGCCAUCAAGCACCGCGGCGCGCCGCUAUGGAAACAGACGUGGCUCUGCCUGCGCCGGGCCAUGCUCCAGCAGUGGCGCACCAAGGCCGCCUUCCUGGCCGAGAUGGGGCUGGCCGCCCUCGCCGGCUUCCUCCUCGGCCUGGCCGAGCACUCCAAGAAGGGCAUCCUCUUCGUCGGCACCUUCAACGAGCCCUACUCCAUCCUCUCGACGGCCGUCGAUUUCAAAUCCGCCCCCGAGCUGGCGCUCCUCGUCGCCAUCGCCAUCGGCCUCGUCGCGGGCGCCCCCGGUGUCAAGUCCUUCUCCGAGGAGCUGCUCAUGCAGCGGAGGGAGGCCGAGGCCGGGCACUCCCGCCUGGCGUACUUCCUCGCCAAGGUGCUCGCCGUGUUGCCGCGGAUGCUGUUCGCCUGCCUGCACUUCACGACGCUGCUCUUCCUCCUGACGGUGCCCAUCAUCAACUGGGGCCUCGCGUUCCUCGUCAACUUCCUCUACUUCUACUGCAUCUACGGCCUGGCGAGCAUCAUCAGCAUGGUCGUCCGCCGGGAGGACGCCCCGCUGUUCGCGACCAUGAUCAGCCUCAUCGUCGCCAUCCUGUCCGGUGCCGCCCCCCCGCUGGCCCAGGUCAAGGACUGGCACAUGGAGUGGCUCUGGCGUGCUUCGCCGGGCACCUGGCUCGCCGAGAUCUACUUUGGCCAGCUCAUCUCGCCCUUUGGGUAUCUUUACAACGUCGAAUCGGCUGCACGGGGCUCUGGCUUCCACUUGGACUGGGUAUGGCGCAACAUGGGCGUUUUGUUGGGUAUCGGUAGUGUUUAUAGAGUGGUGGCUUUCUUCGCGAUGCUCUUCGGGCAUCGUCGGCGGAGGUAG